AAACCCACCUCUGUUCUUCCUCCACUACUUCUCUACUGAAAACAUGGUGAUGACGAUGGGGGAGCUGUGGACUCAAGUCGGGUCUUUAAUGGCCACCGUCGUUUUUGUUUGUGCUAUUAUUCAGCAAUAUUUCCCCGUCCCACUACGUGCCCAUAUCGACAGAUAUGCCCACAAACUUACCGGUUUGCUCUACCCUUACAUCACUAUCACCUUCCCUGAGUACACCGGCGAGCGUCUCCGCCGAAGUGAAGCCUUUACCGCCAUUCAAAACUACCUUGCUACCCGAAGCACCAUCCGGGCCACGCGUAUGAGAGCGGAGGCGGUCAAAAACAGCAAAUCUCUGAUACUCAGUAUGGAUGAUAACGAAGAAGUGAUUGACGAAUACGAAGGCGUAAAAAUCUGGUGGACUUCCACUAAAGUUAUGCUCACCAAUAAAAGCUUUUCUCGUUACCCUUCAAACGAUGAGAAACGAUCCUACCAGCUCACUUUCCACCGGCAGCACAGGGAGAUCAUUCUUGAAACUUUUAUACACCACAUCAUGGAAGAAGGCAAGUCGGUGGAGAAGAAAAAUCGGCAACGGAAGCUUUAUAUGAACAGCUCCAAGAACGAAUGGUGGCAUAAAAGCAACUGGAGGCACGUUCCUUUUGAGCAUCCUGCCAAGUUUCGAACUCUGGCAAUGGAUCCUGAGAUGAAGCAAGGGAUUAUAAACGAUCUAAUCAAGUUUAAGAACGGAAAAGAGUAUUACGAGAAGGUGGGUAAGGCUUGGAAACGUGGCUAUCUUCUCUACGGUCCGCCGGGUACUGGAAAGUCCACCAUGAUCGCUGCCAUUGCCAAUUUCAUGGAGUAUGAUGUUUAUGAUCUCGAGCUCACGUCCGUUAAGGAUAAUAGUGAGUUGAAAAAGCUAUUGAUUGAGAUAUCGAACAAAUCAAUAAUUGUGAUUGAGGACAUUGAUUGCUCUCUUGAUCUUACUGGGCAACGGAAGAAGAAGAAAACAGAGGAUGAGGGAGAUAAAGAGAUGAAAGACCCUGUUAAGCAGGCGGAAAAAGAGGAGGAGAAACAGAGCAAGGUGACACUAUCUGGAUUGUUGAACUUCAUAGAUGGAAUUUGGUCGGCAUGCGGUGGGGAGAGGUUGAUCAUCUUCACGACCAAUCACAAGGAAAAGCUUGAUGAAGCUCUGAUUAGAAGAGGAAGAAUGGACAAACACAUAGAGAUGUCAUACUGUAGUUUCGCGGCUUUCAAAGUUCUUUCGAUGAACUACUUGGACGUUGAAUGGCAUGAAUCGUACCACAGAAUUGACCAACUGUUGAAGGAAACCGAGAUGACUCCGGCAGACGUUGCUGAGAAUUUGAUGCCGAAAUAUGAGGGUGAAGAAACAGAUGAGUGUUUCAAGAGAUUGGUUGGAGCUCUUGAGACUGCGAAAGAGGAAGCUAAGAAGAAGGCAGAGGAGGAAGCGGAAGCAGCAAAAAAGGCAGAAAAAGAGAAGGAAGCGGAAGCAGCAAAAAGGGCAGAAAAAGAGAAGGAAGAGAAGGAAGCGGCGGCGAAAAAGGAUGAAGAAUCAUCAAUCUACACCGCCGAAAAUAAUGGAAUUAAAUGCAACGGAGUUGCAACCAAAGAAGCAAAAGAAAAUGGUCACAUGGAGAACGAUCAGAACAGUUGAAACAUGGCAAUACAGGGCAAUGCAUAUUUUAAUUAAUUAGGCUAAAGUUAAAGGUGUGUGAAUAUGGAUUCCUAGGAUAAGUGGUUUGGCCCGUUAUCUGGGGCAUAUGCUUGUUGUAUAAAUUGAUGUAACAUAAUAUCUACGUUGAUAGCUCCUGUUGCCAUUGAUUCUUUGUUAUAGGGAUAACUGAUUCCAUGGAAGCUUACAGAAUCUUAUUUAAUGGCUGACCAAAA